CAAGGCUGGCAUUUAAAGCCCAGCUGCCUCGCGAGGGAGGCUGCGCUGUGAGCGGCUCUUUCCCUGCGGCUUGUGCCUUUGCGCUUGGCAGGAGAAGUCUGGCAGCUGGAGCCCGUCAGCCCUCUCCCUUUGGGGAAAGCAAAGCCCCAUUUCUUUGCCAAAUUGCCGUAACAUUGGGUGCAAGCACAGCUGUCCUCGCUGGAAGCUGCACGCUGCAACGGUUUUUUUUUAAUCUUUAAUUUUUUUUUGCAUUAGCCCUAAAAGGCAGGCACGCACACGCACAUUUCUCCCACCCUGCAGCCGGUUCUCAAGGCAGCGCGCAAGCUUUGCUGCGGAGCCUCCGUGGACAGUUGCAGCCCUCCUCGCGCUCUCGUUAUCGCACGGGUUUCGGGGCCAGCGGUUAGCUCUAUUUCACGCGCAACAAAUCUGUCGCUCUGCUGCAGCCGGGGGAUUUCCAAGAUUUAGCUCGCGGAGCAGCAGAGCCGCGCUCCGUUCUGUUUCCCUUUCCCAUUCAUUGGCCAGGAGGGCUCCUCCCCAGGGGCCAGGAUCGGUCCGGCGACGCGCCUCGCCCGCUUGCGCGAUGUUCAGCUGGCUGGGCCACGACGACAGGCGGAGGAAAGACCCGGAGGUCUUUCAGACGGUCAGCGAGGGGCUGAAGAAACUAUACAAGAGCAAGCUGCUCCCGCUGGAAGACUACUACAGGUUCCACGAGUUCCAUUCCCCCGCCUUGGAGGAUGCAGACUUCGACAACAAGCCGAUGGUCCUCCUCGUGGGGCAGUAUUCCACCGGGAAGACCACCUUCAUCAGGUACCUCCUUGAACAAGAUUUUCCUGGCAUGAGGAUCGGGCCAGAGCCCACGACAGACUCCUUCAUUGCUGUGAUGCAGGGCGAUGUGGAGGGCAUCAUUCCUGGGAAUGCCCUGGUGGUGGAUCCCAAAAAGCCCUUCAGGAAACUCAAUGCCUUUGGCAAUGCCUUCUUGAACAGAUUUGUAUGUGCUCAGCUGCCAAAUGCCGUGCUGGAGAGCAUCAGUGUGAUCGACACUCCAGGGAUCCUUUCUGGGGAAAAACAAAGAAUUAGCCGAGGCUAUGACUUUGCUGCUGUCCUAGAGUGGUUUGCGGAGCGGGUGGACCGCAUCAUUCUCCUCUUCGACGCCCACAAGCUAGACAUCUCAGAUGAAUUCUCGGAGGUCAUCAAAGCCCUGAAGAACCACGAGGAUAAAAUGAGGGUGGUGCUCAACAAAGCGGACCAGAUCGAGACCCAGCAGCUCAUGAGGGUUUAUGGGGCCCUCAUGUGGUCGCUGGGGAAGAUUGUCAACACGCCCGAGGUGAUCAGGGUGUACAUCGGCUCCUUCUGGUCUCACCCAUUGCUCAUCCCGGAUAAUCGGAAGCUCUUUGAGGCCGAAGAGCAGGACCUCUUCAGGGACAUACAGAGCUUGCCCCGCAAUGCAGCCCUUCGGAAACUGAACGAUCUCAUUAAACGGGCACGGCUAGCCAAGGUUCAUGCUUACAUCAUUAGCUCGCUUAAGAAGGAAAUGCCAUCCGUCUUCGGCAAAGACAAUAAGAAGAAAGAACUUGUGAACAAUUUGGGGGAGAUCUACGGACGGAUCGAGCGGGAGCAUCAGAUUUCACCAGGAGACUUUCCAAAUCUGAAAAAGAUGCAAGAGCAACUGCAGGCUCAAGAUUUCAGCAAGUUCCAGCCUCUAAAGAGCAAGUUGCUGGAUGCAGUAGAGGACAUGUUGGCCAACGACAUUGCGCAGCUCAUGGUGCUGGUGCGCCAGGAGGAGUCCCAGAGGCCCGUCCAGAUGGUGAAGGGAGGAGCCUUCGAAGGCACCCUGCAAGGCCCCUUUGGGCAUGGUUACGGCGAGGGAGCCGGAGAAGGAAUUGAUGAUGCAAACUGGGUGGUGGCCAGAGAUAAGCCCAUGUACGACGAGAUCUUCUACACACUGUCACCGGUGGAUGGGAAGAUAACUGGGGCCAAUGCCAAGAAGGAGAUGGUGAGGUCCAAACUGCCGAACACAGUCCUGGGCAAGAUAUGGAAACUGUCUGAUAUCGACAAGGAUGGGAUGCUGGAUGACGAGGAGUUUGCUUUGGCCAAUCAUCUCAUAAAAGUCAAGUUGGAAGGUCAUGAGCUUCCCAAUGACCUUCCGUCUCAUCUCAUCCCUCCAUCUAAGAGGAAACUUGCAGAGUGACAGGCUGCUGGAAAGGAAUUGGGGGGGAGGGAGGCUGGGGAGAGGGGAGUUAAAUGAAUAUUCCUAAAUUGUACCUAAUUGAGAUGUGAAGCCAUCUUCUGGCUUACAAUAAUUUUCAGGUGUCAACCUGAUGCAAAACUUUAAAAGUCCAGUACUUUCUCAUGAUAUGCAAUUAAACCUUCCCUGGUGACAUCCUUGCUUCCUAAAGAUAAUGUGUUAAUAAAGUGAUGUGAGGAACCAAGGAAGUGAAUUCACUGUAGGCUGUGAUCAAUAGAGUCGGGCGAGCGCGGUUUCGGUCGUUGUUUGUCUUCUUGGGGUUGACCUUAACAGUUUUAAAUAAGCAUUGUAAUCUCUGCUGGGUCCCAAGCCAAAACAUAUCAGGAUGCUUCCAGACAAGGCUUCUAAUGUGCUGUUGCCACAUCACCUUCAUGGCAGUAUGGCGAGCACAUUGUACAUCUCCCAGGUUUAAUACCUUCUUUGCUCUGUUCUUUUUUAUUCCCGUAGAAAAUCCAUUGAGGGAAAGAGCAGAAUAGCAAUGCAGUGUCUUUUCAUGUGGGGGUCUCAUUGCUCGGGGAGGGGGGAAGGAGUUGUCCCUGAGGAAGGUGAAUAAUAUGUUAGAGACACCCCUCUUUUUUCUGUUAGUUUGCUGUAUAUUUCCUGUUUCAGACCCAUUUCAUGUCUUGAACUGCGACUCUUCCCCCCAGUCUACUGACUCUCAGACUAAAUUAAUUGCUUCUUGGAGUGUCCUCAAGCCACCACUAAAAUUAGCUAUUUAAUUAGCAGACCACAUUCAAGCAGCAGGAUUCACUUCGAAGUACAGAUGUGUAAUUUCUGGCACUUUAAGGCUGCAAUCUUUUAGUCCUGUGCUGAAAGCACACUUUUAAAAAUUUUUUAACAAAUCUUUUUUGCAAUUGCACUGUGGUAGAGCAGUGCAACCAAGAAGGGGUGGAAAAAAUCAACCUGGUAUGUUUUCUGUCUGGGCAGACAACCUGACCAGAUGGAGUUGUGAAACUGACUAGUUCAAGUUGUCUGUUUAGAUUCGCUUGUCAAAUUGAGAGAUGGGCAUUCUAGGAUGAAAUCCUUGGAAACUGCAGCCCAAUCUGUAACUUUGUUUACUCAGAAGUAAGUUUAGCUGCAGUUCUCUUGCCCUGUGCUUGCAGACACUCUUUUUAAAAAUGACAACCUUUUUUUUUUAAUUUUGCAGUUGUGUUGCUUCAAAAUCUAUAAAAUGAUGUACAAAACAGGGUGCUAAAAUAUGUGUUGAUAAGCACCCACUUAAUGUCAGGAGAAGGGUGUGUGGUAUCCAAUGAUGGGUGAGGAAAUUAGAGACAGCACAGCCUGCACAGCUACGUCAUGCCCACUGUGUGGAUGGAAGGCAGCAAGGUGUUCUACAGUCCUGAAGAGUGGGCAGCCAAUUUCAAUUUGGCUUGCAGCUUACAGUGGAAGAGCAAUGAUUGCCAGCACUCUGAGUCCUCUGUCUGGAAGCACCCUUAGGUGAAAAAUACCUCUGGAAUGAGAAUGGUGCUUCAAAGUUGCACUUGGAUCUGAAGCAUUUUUGUGCAGUGUCCAGUCUUCCUGCCUGUCAUGUCUGUCUCUUUAAUUUUGUAUGGAAUUCUUGUGGUACAAAUUUUGUAUGCAGACUAACUCUGUGAAGGGCCAACUGUGGACCUGUUUUAACCAUAGGAAAUUUCCCCUGGUCAUCUGCAUUUUCUUGUGAGAGGGCAGGAGGCCCCAGCUGAAAACACUACAUUAAGAACACGCUUUCAGUGUUUGGGAGAUCUUGGGUUCAACAUUUCAUUCUUUUUCAGUAAACAGUAUUCCAGAUUUGCAAGUGCAGCUAGGAUCAUGUGAUGCAAGUCUGAAAAAUGAUACUGCUGGGUUCGUAUGCUUUGCAGAUAACAGCCUGACAGAAGUGGAGAAAGGCCAAAGCUCAGUGAGCAACUGCUUUCCAUGCAGAUGGUUCAGUUCCUAGCAUCUUCAGGUAAGGCUGCAGAGCCUGAUCUGAAAGCUUAGAAAACUUUUUCCAAGGGUAGACAGCAUAGAGUAGACCAUACUGAGCCAGGUGGGGCAGUGGCCUGACUCUGCAAAAGGCAGCUUCCUAUGUUCUUAAAGUUGGAGAGUUUAGUACUGGGAUGGGGAACUUGUGACCCCCAGACAGUAGUGGCUCCAGUGCCAGUGGGGCAGUGAAUCCGCUCCGGGUUUUAGUCUGGGUUUUGGACAGCUGCUUGAAAGUUCAGACUAAAACCUGGAGCGGAUUCACUGCCCCCCUGACAUCAGAAGCACCAGUCUCAGAGUCCAUAUGUUGCUGGACUUUUAACUCUCCUCAGCCCCAGUUAGCAUGGCCAAUGGCCAGAGAUGAUAGGAGUUGAAGUCCGGCAACAUCUGGAAGGCCAUAGGUUCCCUGUCUCUGGUUCAGAAACUCAAGUUAGUGCCUUGCAUGGAAAUGAUGGCAAGAUCAAAGGGAAGGUACCAAUGGAGCAAGCCCUUAAGGUAUUUCCUAAACCUAGAGCAAGCCAAUCUCUUUAAAUACAUCUCUUUAAAUGCUUGCUCCACCAUGGUUGAAUUAAUAUUGCUCAGUAUUUGCACAGGGGUGUGUGUAUGCAUGCGUACAAUUAUGAUUACAAAUCUUCAGAAUACCUACUAUUUCAUCAUUUGUCCAAUCCAUUGUUGGGGGGACAGGAGGAGGAAAUACUAAUAAUAGUUCUGUCGGUCUCCCCCAAGCAUCCAUUUGCACAUCAGUUGUGGCCUCCAUCCCAACAGUCACCUCUGAUUUAUCUCCAGAAUAAUUAUUCUGAACUUUAUUCAGAUUGAAAAGCCUGAGCCAAACUAUUCCCUGCUGUUCUUCCUCUUCCUCAGCCCAAAUCAUGCCUCUUCUUGACCCCAUUAUUUUGUUGACGUCAAGAGUGAGAUUACAGUCCUUGAUGUUUUGUAUGUGCUGAACUUCUACUGUGACUUGAGAGAGGGGGGUAAGGAAGACAGAACCGUGACAGGUAUAACUUAUUUUAUAUCUCUGUGUUAAUAUUAUAUAGAGAAAUAUAUAUUCUCUGUGUGUCAAAACAUGCUUACUGCAGUGCAUUUAUCACGUCUUUAAAAACAAAACUUAAUGCAUUAACCUUUCUUUUGUACCUACAUCCUAAACUAUUAUUAAAGGUGAAGACCUGUUCCGUUUUGUUUGCUGUUGCUUUGCAUAAAUGGGAUUUAACUGGGAGUGUCUCUGAAUUCUGAACUUAUUUCUACAGAUGAAACAAACGUUCCUGUGCUGAAAGCUACUUUGUGCAGUUGCCAGCGAUUGGUCUUGUACUAAUUCAGAACUGCUGAUAUCUGUGUUCCAAAUCUAUGUUGCUGAUUGGUAAUCUAAAUAAAAUGAAAGGGGAUUAACCCCUCCUCCUCUUGGUUUUAA